CUCGUCUCCAGUUUCGCCCUGGCAUUGUUUUUGUUUUUCUUCUCUCUUUUCUAUUCUCUUCUAUUCUGCUUACUUUUUGUGGUACCAAUGUCGCUUUCUGAAUUGUUACAGUAAGCUGUUUCUCAGAUGAUUUCUGAAAAAUGGAGAAACCUUAUUGGUUUCUGGAUUCUAGGGCUGUGCAAUAACUUUGCCUAUGUGAUUAUGUUGAGUGCGGCACAUGACAUCUUAAAAGACCAGGAACAGAAAGAUCACGUAGGAAGUCACAAUACUACAACAACCCCAGCUCCUGUCAAUGAGUCCUACCUGGAAUGUAAUGAAAUUUCUACAGGGGCGAUAUUAUUGGCCGAUAUUUUACCCACACUAAUUAUAAAGCUGACAGCACCUUUCUUUAUUCUGCACCUCAGCUACAAAAUACGCGUUUUGACCUGUGUGCUGUUUUCACUGGCAAGUUUUCUGGUAGUGUCUUAUUCUACAGGAAUAUGGAUGAGCAUCAUAGGAGUGGUUUGUGCCAGCAUCAGUGGUGGUCUAGGGGAAACAACUUAUUUUGCAUUCUCUUCCUUUUUUGAAAAGAAUGUUAUAUCAGCGUACUCGUCAGGAACUGGGGGCGCUGGGAUAUUUGGUGCUCUAUCGUAUGCUGGUGUGACGUCGGCCGGUCUGUCGCCUAGAAAGACGUUACUUGUGAUGACUAUCAUACCUGCCCUCAUGUUUAUCAGCUUCUUUAUUGUGAUAAAGAAACCUAGACAGUUCUAUCAAAAAGAAUACAUUGUCAAAUACAGUGAGGACACCAGUAGUCUGCUGAAAGAAUCAGAAGAUGCAGAUGAUAAAAUAAAAGGAAGAUUAACAUUGAAAGAAAAAUUACUCCUUUUAAAACCACUGAUGAAAUACAUGAUACCUCUGUGUUUAGUGUACAUCGCUGAAUACUUUAUCAAUCAAGGAUUAUAUGAACUUCUGUAUUUUAAUCACAUUUGGCUCUCGGAGAAAGAACAGUAUAGAUGGUAUCAAGUGGAUUACCAGUUAGGCGUGUUCGUCUCCAGGUCAUCUGUCAAUGUGUUCAAAAUCAACAAACUGUGGACUCUUCCAGUGUUACAGUGUGUUAAUGUUGCAAUACUCACAGCCCAAGUCUUUCUGCGGUUCAUCCCCAAUAUCUGGAUCAUCUUCGCCCUUGUCCUGUUUGAGGGACUUUUGGGGGGAGCCGCCUUUGUCAAUACGUUCUACAAGAUCUCAGAGGAUAUUGAGGCAGAAUUCAAGGAAUUUAGCCUGUCAGCUGCUACCAUUGCUGACUCCGUGGGAAUUUCUAUCGCCGGUGCGAUCUCCAUUCCAGCUCACAACCGUAUAUGUUCACUCAAUCUGAAAAUGUGAAUGUCUCCUGUAUUGUGUAAAAAUGAUGACUGUAUGGACAUUCUCCAACGCUUUGUUUGUUCUAACCAUAAUUAAUUUCUAUAUACUUAAAAGACAACAAGUAUUUUAAUUUGAUGGCAUAUAAUUUUUUUCGAAUGUCAUGUUAGCUUGUCUGCCCUUCUCUUCUCCUUUCUAUACCCUGAAAGGGAUACUACAUGCACUAAUAUAUGCUGGAAUUUUAAAUAGUCUGUGAUGAAAUGUCAAUAUUUCUCUUAAACAUAAAGGUUAAGUUGCUAUGAAUAUUCAAAGGCUUGUGUGUGUGUUGCUAAGUUGCUAAAAUGUAUGAAAUAAUUUUGAAUAAUGAUUACUUGUUAAAUGGAUAUUUACUCUUGAAAUAUUUAUGCAGCAUAUAAGCUCCAAAUGCGAAAUACAUAAUAUUUGACUCUAUAUUAAGAAAGAUAACUCUUUGCAGAAUUAAUGACUAAUUUAUAGAGAAUGUUUUAACAUUGAUCUGUGCAAUUAUCUGUGUAACAACUUUUAAAAACUUUGUCUUAAAUUGUCAGAAUAAAACGUUUACUGUACAUUCAAAUGGAUUAUUAAAUCCAACAUGUUCAUCAAAUUUAGGUAGCAAGGUCCUGUAUUUUUGAGAAUAGAAAAUGUAGUUAUAAA